CCCCGCCCCCGCCGCAGCCCUUUGUUCCGCCGGGGAGCCAUGGCCGGGGCCGGGGGUCCAGCGCGGCGCCUGCUCCGGCCCCGCCGGCCGCGGGGCAGCGAGGAGGCACCGGGAGAGCAUCUGGCCUGUCUGCGAAAAGCCGAGGAGGAGUGGCAAAGCGCGGAGCUGCUGAAACAGACUGAAGCCGAGCGUCAGAAGAUCGUUGCGGAGUGGAAGGAGCUGCGAGGGUUUCUGGAGGAGCAGGAGCAGCUCUUGCUGUCCCAGCUGGAAGAGCUAGCCAGAGCCAUUGUCAAGAGAAGGGAUGAAGGUGUCUCCAGACCGUCCGGGGAGAUUUUCCUGCUCAGAGGGAAGGGGCAGCAGCAGCUGAGGAGCCAAUCCCCACAGGGUACGGGAUGCACUGAGAGCAGCAGGGAGGAUGGGCCGUUUCAGAAGCCAGAGCUGGGGUUUGCGGAGCUGGAGAAGAGACUCAGCGACUUCUCUCUGAAAAGUGCCAUCCUGCAGGAGGUGCUGCUGGGAUUCAAAGAGACUCUGCGACUGGAGCUGGAGAACAGCACAGCAGGUGAUGGAGCAGUGAGUGAGAACGAGGAGGAGAAUCCUCAGCAGGGGGAUACACAGCACAGGGAACCACCUGGGAUGUUAUCAGAAAGAUCUGAAAAGAAUAUUCACUGGAGUCUUGAGCAGAGAAAAGGUCAUCAGAGUCAUCACUGGCCAGAGAAGCAGCAGCAGGGAAAACAGCUGGGGGAUUGUCGGGGAAGUGGCAAGGGUCUCCAGGAAACCACAGCCCAGCAGAGAAUCCCCACAGGAGAGAGAAAAAACACCUGCACUGAGUGUGGAAAAAUCUUCAGUAGCUGCUCAGCUCUUAGUACACAUCAGAGAAUCCAUAUGGGCAAGACACCCUAUAGAUGCUACGAUUGCGGGAAAAGCUUCAAUCGGAACUCGCACCUUAGUAGACAUCAGAGACUCCACACAGGACAGCGACCCUUUAAGUGCUCCGAGUGCGGGAAAAGUUUCAGUGUGAGCUCAAACCUUAUUGCACAUCAGACAAUCCACACAGGAAAUAGACCCUUUACAUGUUCUGAGUGCGGGAAAAGCUUCAAUCGGAACUCAAACCUUAUUACACAUUUUAGAAUCCACACGGGAAGUAGACCUUUUACUUGUGCUGACUGUGGGAAAAGCUUCACUGACAGCUCAAACCUUACUCAGCAUCAGAGAACCCACAUGGGGGAGAGACCCUACAGAUGCUCAGAGUGCGGGAAAAGCUUCACUCGGAGCUCAGACCUUAUUAGACAUGAAACAAUCCACACAGGAGACAGACCCUUUAAAUGCUCAGUGUGUGGGAAAAGUUUCAAUCAGAACUCGCACCUUAUUACACAUCAGAGGAUCCACAAAGGAGAGUAACCCCAUAAAUAGUUUGGCUACGGCUGGCCGAAGAUUUUUUUUUUUUUAUAAUACAUUUGCUAUUUCCCACAUAGUGACCUUUAAAGCUCUUUGCACCAUUUGCUUCAUUGUGGUCCUUCAGCUCCCGCAGGUGAGUUGCGUGCUUUUGUGACUCACCCUUCUUUGCAGUGAAGCCCAUCGUGCUUUCUAUCAAUUCCUUGAUAUGUAGGUUCACUGUGUAAGUCAUGGGAGUGUGUGCCCCUCCUGACAGGAAUGUCCAUCAGUCCCAGAUACGGAGAGACGGGUGACUUCAACUAGCUACAUAUAGGUAAAAUCUACUUGGACCUUGUCUCUAUUAGGGUUUUCUGUGGAGUUAGCAGCUCUGGUAAAGUGGUUGGGGUUAGCUAGCAUAUUUCUCCUUAAACUGACCUAACCUCCAUCACUCUUCCUAGUUCAGACAACCCUAAGCAUCACAUUUAUAUUUACUCCUGUGGGAAUUCUGUGCCAAAAAAAUAAAAAUUCUGCACAAAAAAUUUUAAAAUUCUGCAAAUUUUAUUUGUCAAAUAACACUACAUGAUCAUGUGCGUUUCAAUUAUUUUGGUACCUUAUGUCAAAAUACCUGUCAGCAAGUAUAACGGUAACAAUACAGAAACACACAAAAUUUCCCCCAGGAGUAGAGAGUUAAAGAAACUCCUGUGGCAACCCGGUUCCAGUUUCUCUGCCCGCACUACCCAGAGCACAGCCAGGGGGGGCCAGAUACCCACAACCCCCCCCCCCCCACGUCCCAGCCCCGAGUGCAGCCGCAGGCUCUCCCAGCCCAGAACACACACCCUCUCUCUCCAGAGUCCAGCCGUGGCC